AUGGUAGAAGAAACAAUUGAUAAUCCAACGAAUGUGGAACAAGAGAAUGAAAACAACAUUCAUGUUGAAGAACUUGAUCAAUCUUUGGAUAUAGAAUUGAUUCAAACCCUCAAUGUAAAUGAAUCGAAUGAUGAAGAUGAUGUGGAUGUGGUUAAUAAUCAAUCUGAAAAUCAAGAGACUUUGUUUCCACUUAAUGUUGAUGAUCAAGCAAAUUGGGAUAAGAUUGAUCCAAAUAUUCGGGAUUUUUUAGUUGAAAGGGGUUCAAGUAGAGUUGAUGGUGUUUUGUUUCCUAAGGAUAAUAAUGGUAGGCAUUUUGAUGCAUCACAUUACAAGAGAUUACUAUCUAAUGGCGAAAAAAAAAAUAGAAAGUGGCUUGUGUAUUCAAUUUCUUCCGACAAAGUAUUUUGCUUCUGUUGCAAAUUAUUCAAAACUCAAAGUACCAUGUACAAAAUUGGUCAAUUGGCUAAUGAAGGGUACAAAGAUUGGCAUAACUUGAGUCAUAGUCUGAAAAAUCAUGAAGCAAGUAAGGAACAUAUUGAUUGUAUGAUUAAUUGGAUUGAAUUGGAGAAAAGGUCGGAAAAAAAUAAGACAAUUGAUGAUAGUAUACAAGUAGAAAUCAACAAAGAGAAGGAGCAUUGGAGACAACUAUUAAAGAGGAUAAUUGCUAUUGUGCAUAGAUUGGCAAAAAACAACUUGGCAUUUCGAGGAGAUUAUGAGAAAAUUUAUGCUGAAAACAAUGGCAAUUUUUUGCAAAUGAUUGAAAUGAUAGCGGAGUUUGAUCCAAUAAUGAAAGAACACAUUCGUCGGAUACAAUCAAGUGAAACUCAUUAUACAUAUCUUGGUCCUAAAAUCCAAAAUGAGUUGAUACAGAUGCUAGCACAUGAAGUGAAAAAAUCAAUCAUUGCAAAAGUUAAAAAGGCCAAAUAUUAUGCAGUUAUACUAGAUUGUACUCCAGAUGCAGGUCAUGAGGAACAAAUGUCCCUUGUAAUACGUUGUGUGGAUGAUUCAGCAACCUCUGCAGUGAUAGAAGAAUAUUGGGUUGAAUUUUUGAAGGUAGAUGAUACAUCAGGACAUGGACUUUUUAUUGAGUUAAAAACUGUGUUGAAAAAUCUUGGACUUAAUCUUGAUGAUAUAAGAGGCCAAGGAUAUGGCAAUGGAUCAAAUAUGAAAGGAAAACAUAAUGGAGUGCAGUGA